CUCUCUCUCUCUCACACACAUUAAACACACACCCAAUUCCCAUCCUUUAUAUAUAUAUAUAACAUUCAAUUUACUCUUCUGAUCUCUUCCUUGAUUCCUUCACACUUUCCAUAUUCCAAUUGAUCAUCAUCCGUUUCACAUCAUCAACAACCACCGUCUGUCCGUCUGUUUUUGGUAUUCUUUCUUAAAAAACUAAAUGACAAUGAUGAGCAACAACAAUACCAAUGCCGGAGUAGGACCCUUUGGCGACACUACGUUGACCAAAGUCUUCGUUGGAGGAUUAGCAUGGGAAACUCCGAAAGAGGCCAUGAGAGAUCACUUCCAGAAUUACGGCGAUAUUCUCGAAGCCGUUAUUAUCUCUGACAAAACUACCGGUCGAUCCAAAGGCUAUGGAUUCGUCACGUUCAAGGAACCGGAAUCUGCUAAAAAGGCGUGCGAGGAUCCGACGCCCAUCAUCAAUGGCCGCCGAGCCAAUUGUAAUCUGGCUUCACUUGGCGCACGCCGCCAGAGAACGUUAACCGUUGUGCCGCCGUCUCCACCACCACCGCCGCCGUACCAGCAAACCGGGCCUAAUGUGAUUGUGGGUCCAAGAUCUGCUGGUGCGAUCACACCACCUCGGAGUCAUGUGCAGUGGUACUAUCCACCAACGCCGCCUACACCGGCGUCACCGUAUCACCACCACCAGCAUGCCGUGCCGUACUACGGCUACGCUCCGGCGACAUACGUCGCUGCAACUGAUGUCAGUUACAAUCAUAAAUUAGGGUAUACAGGUGGGGCCUACAUGAGUGGAGGACACUAUUCUGUUAUGUACCCUAAUCAAGCUACAGUGGGUGCGCAUACAUUGAUGCCAAUGUACCCUAUGUAUCCAUACCAUCAGUCUCAGGCAAUGGGCUUACCAGCCCAGUUCUUUUGUGCUCCAACAUCUGCAGGCCCAAUGACUGCUGCUCCUGCUAUUUACUCAAAGCCCACACAAAUUGCUCCAACUCCAAUUUGUUUGGCUGUUGAAUAGGUACAGUUGGAUGAAGAGGAGGAAGCUUUAGCCAAAAGUGGUCAAAAGUGGCAAAUAAUAAAAGAGGAGGGGGUAGAAUGGCUUUUUGGACCAACGUUAUUUUUAUUUGAUCUGCAAUGACCAACUCUACUUUCUUUCCUUUUAUUUUAUUUUUCUCAAUUUCCUCUAAUUUACAUGAUUUUUUUAUAUUUAGAUUUUAACUUAUUAUAUUGUUUAUUUUAUGCUCAUAUCUAAAUAGAUUCAUUCAUUUGUCAUCA